AUGUUACUAGGAAUUUUACAGAAAAUUGUACAAAAUAUAUCUCAGCAGAUCUCAAAGCUGAUUGUUCAAGAAUGUUAUACAGCAAAUGGGGCUGACUAUCGUGGCACCCAGAACCAGACCUCCCAAUAUGCAGGGAAACCUUGCCUUUUUUGGAAUGAGACCUUUGAGCAUCCUUAUAAUACUUUGAAAUAUCCCAAUGGGGAGGGAGGGCUUGGAGAACAUAACUACUGCAGGAACCCUGAUGGAGAUGUCAGUCCAUGGUGCUACGUUGCAGAGCACGAGGAUGGAAUAUAUUGGAAAUACUGUGAGAUUCCAUCCUGCCGAAUGCCAGGGAAUCUAGGGUGUUACAAGGACCAUGGAGAGCCACCACCCCUGACUGGCACCAGCGAAACCUCCAACAAACUCACUAUCCAAACAUGCAUCAGUUCCUGCCGAAGUCAACAAUUUAAGUUUGCAGGCAUGGAAUCAGGCUAUGCUUGUUUUUGUGGAAAUAAUCCCGACUACUGGAGAUACGGAGAGGCAGCCAGUACGGAAUGCAACAGUGUUUGCUUUGGAGACCAUACUCAGCCUUGCGGUGGGGAUGGCAGAGUCAUUCUUUUUGACACCCUUAUUGGUGCCUGUGGAGGGAAUUAUACUUCUGCUACAGCUGUGAUCUAUUCCCCAGAUUUUCCUGACACAUAUGGCACUGGCAAAGUCUGUUACUGGACCAUACAAGUUCCAGGAGCAUCUCAAAUCCACUUCAGCUUUGCCCUUUUUGAAAUCAAAGAUGCUACAGAUAUGGUGGAAUUGUUGGAUGGCUAUACCUAUCAUGUUCUAGCGCGUUUUAAUGGCAAGAACCGGCCUCCCCACACCUUUAACAUCUCUUUGGAUUUUGUCAUUUUGUACUUCUUCUCAGAUGAAAUUAAUCAAGCCCAGGGAUUUGCUGUCAGAUAUAGAGCUGUGAAGGACAAUGUGUAUAAAAACAAGACUCCAAUCAAUCAGACUAUUUCAGAGAAGACAAAUGAACAAGCAAAUCUCAGUAUCAAUGCAGCCCGGUCAUCAAAGAUACUUUAUGUCAUCACAACAAGCCCAAGUCAUCCUAGUAGCUCCAUGCCUGAAUGGACAAUAUACAGUCUGACAGCACUGCUCAUCCUAAGUGUAACAGCCAUCAUAGCAAAGAUAUUUCUCCACGUAACCAUGAGAUCACAUCAGAUGCCACCUACAACUGAAACAGAAGAUUCCAGUGAGGCUACUACUGCUGGUGAGAUCUGGAGUAUAUUUUACCAGCCAUCCACAUCAAUCUCCAUCUUCAAGAAAAAGCUUCGAAGUCAACAAGAUGAUUGCAACCCACUAGUGGGAAACUGA